UUGAAAGUGCUGCUUGGAUCUCCGGGACUUCAGGUCCUCCUGGCUAGGUCUGGAAGCGGUGAAAAUGGAAGUAGGAAGAAAGGAGAGGACUGCAACAAGGUCUUCCCGAGUGACCUGAGCUCGUAGGAUGGGGGAGGUGCAACGGUGGGGAGCCGGGCGCCAAGGGCUGGUGUGAGGGUCUCCAGAAAUAGAAUGGUGGUAUUCCAUUUUCUGGGAAGAUGGUGAAGAUGCACCUGACCAAGUCUAGUGGAUCUGAAGAGGCCAGGGGAACAGUGUGGGUGGAGGGGAGAAUGACAGAACCUCCCAGAAAAUGGGAAAGGCCAUAGCACUUGAAAAUUCUCCCCCGACCUCCGGGUAUUCCCGGAAGAAGAGGGCAGGUUUGUGGGUACAGGUGCAGACCUGCCGGCGCGCUCCUGAUGGCCGCGAAGUGGGAAAGGCCCUGUGAGCUGGCCCUUUAAGACUGCUCGUAGGCGUGUCAGGAAAUGCUUCUGGGCCCGCCCCCGGUCGGUAAGUGGCCCGGGACUGGCGACGCUGAGCCGGAACUUGAAUUCAGUUCGUGGCAGCCACGGGGCCUUGCUCCGGCCAGGCCCCUGUCUGUGUCCCUCGAGACGCCUCCCGGAGCCUCGGUGAUCUGAUCCCUGCCGCACGCCCUCCCUUCGGCUCCGCGGGUGCUUCCGGGGGCUCCCGCAGCUCAUGCUUCCCUCUCCCGUUCUCUCGCUUCUUUUCUCCCUGAGACUCACAUGCCUCCUGUUGUCAAGCAGGCCAUGGCUGUCAGGGCCUACAUCCUUAGUUAGGCCCCUUCUCCCUUCCCUGGGUCUUGCUUCAUGAGUGCCACCCCCGACCCCCCACCCCCGGGAGAGAACAAGAUGAGGAGCGGUGCACCUCGGCAAAUCCGGAAGCAGAACUUCAUCCAAGAAGGAGGGGACCGAUAGGUCACCCCAUGUGACAAUUGAAUCCUGCAGCCACAGGCCCUAGCAGCUUGAAGCCCUGUAGUCCAGGGAAUGCUUCUGGCAGUGAGGUGACCCAGCUCUUCUGCCACCAUGAACAGGGUCCCUCUGAAGCGGUCCAGGAUCCUGCGCAUGGCGCUGACUGGAGCCUCUGCUGUCUCUGAGGAGGCAGACAGCGAGAACAAGCCAUUUCUGCUACGGGCUCUGCAGAUCGCGCUGGUGGUUUCUCUCUACUGGGUCACCUCCAUCUCCAUGGUAUUCCUCAACAAGUACCUGCUGGACAGCCCCUCCCUGCAGCUGGAUACCCCCAUCUUCGUCACCUUCUACCAAUGCCUGGUGACCUCACUGCUGUGCAAGGGCCUCAGCACUCUGGCCACCUGCUGCCCUGGCAUGGUAGACUUCCCCACCCUAAACCUGGACCUCAAGGUAGCCCGAAGUGUGCUGCCGCUGUCCGUGGUCUUUAUCGGCAUGAUAACCUUCAAUAACCUCUGCCUCAAGUACGUGGGGGUGGCCUUCUACAACGUGGGACGCUCGCUCACUACCGUGUUCAAUGUGCUUCUCUCCUACCUGCUGCUCAAACAGACCACUUCCUUUUAUGCCCUGCUCACCUGUGCCAUCAUCAUUGGUGGUUUCUGGCUGGGAAUAGAUCAAGAGGGAGCUGAGGGCACCCUGUCCCUGACGGGCACCAUCUUCGGGGUGCUGGCCAGCCUCUGUGUCUCACUCAAUGCCAUCUACACCAAGAAGGUGCUCCCUGCCGUAGACCACAGUAUCUGGCGCCUAACCUUCUAUAACAACGUCAACGCCUGUGUGCUCUUCUUGCCCCUGAUGGUAGUGCUGGGCGAGCUCCAUGCUCUCCUGACCUUCGCUCAUCUGAACAGCGCCCACUUCUGGAUCAUGAUGACGCUGGGUGGCCUCUUCGGCUUUGCCAUUGGCUAUGUGACAGGACUGCAGAUCAAAUUCACCAGUCCCCUGACCCAUAAUGUGUCGGGCACAGCCAAGGCCUGUGCGCAGACAGUGCUGGCCGUGCUCUACUACGAAGAGAUUAAGAGCUUCCUGUGGUGGACAAGCAACUUGAUGGUGCUGGGUGGCUCCUCUGCCUACACCUGGGUCAGGGGCUGGGAGAUGCAGAAGACCCAGGAGGACCCCAGCUCCAAAGAGGGUGAGAAGAGUGCUAUCGGGGUGUGAGCUCCUUCAGGGACCCAGGGCUGAGCUCAGGUGGGGCCUACCCAGCACUGCAGGCUUCCCACAGAGCCAACUGGGUAUGGCCCUGAGCAACAUUGUUUACAUCCUCCUCAGAGUACGAUCUAAGAGGAGCCAGGUUCUUUCCUGGUAAUGUCUGAAAGCUGCCAAAUCUCUUAUCUGCCCCCAUCUUCUUGUCUUGGGAAAGCCCUACUGGGAGUGGCACCCUUCCUGCCUUCUCCUGGGGCCUGACUACCUCCAUAUCGCCUCUGGGGUUGGGUCCAGCUGCAGUCUUUGGGGACGGGACUGAUGAAGUGAUGUCUUACCUUCUACACAAGGGAGAUGGGUUGUGACCCUACUAUAACUAGUUGAAGGGAGCUGGGUGACCCCCCACAUCUCUGCGGCCCUGGGCAGGUAGCAUAAUAGGUCAGGUGCUAUUAACAUCAGUAACACUCCAGACUAGCUUUGGAGGCCCUUGGGAGCUGAACCAAGCAAGAGAGGAAAUGGCCAUUCUUCUCUCUUCUGUGUGGAUGGGUAUGACAGGCCAACUGUCCAUGGGAACUGCACCCAGGGUGGCUGAGAGAACACUCACCUUUGUACUCCAUAUUUGCAGCUUUAAACAGAGGGAGCCACGCGUUUUACACAUUAAGUAGAGAGAUGAACGCCUCCACAGCCCCUAACCCCAGCUUUUCCUGCCUGACCUCUCUUGGUCCAGAGGGGUCACCAUCCUGUUCUCCAACACCUGGCCCAGCUACAUGGCUGUCCCCUCUUUCUGUACUCCCUUUUCCCCAUCAGCCUACCCCAAUGCCUCCAUCUGCAGGCAGGAAGUGGGGUCCACUCAUAGCCUCUGUUCCCAUGUGCUUGGACCCCCGAGCCCUUUGUGACGGUAAGAGACACUUACGUUCUCUGAGGCUGGAGCUGGAAGGGCCCACUGAUUCUCCGAGUUAGCCCAUCAGGCUCCUGUCACAAGACAGCCUACACCCGUGUGGCUAAGAACAGUGGAGGUUGGUUUAUAAGCCCACAUAGACCCAGUGUUUCAGAGGAAACCCCUCUGUCCACAUCCUCACGUGGUACAGGCACAGAUAAAAUCCCUCGGGCCUCUUGUACAGGAGUACUAGCCCCAUUCAUGGGGCUCCACCCCAUGACCUAAUCACCCCCAAAGCCUUCAACAUAAGGACUCCCACAUGAAUUUGGGGACAGAAGUACCGGACCAUGAUACCCCAGCACCACACCCUCCUAACCUCAGGGUAGCUGUCACUGUUCUAGUCCCUUCUGUUUGGCCUUUUUUACCCCCAUGUCCUUGGGGUAAUGUUUGAUGUCUUUGUCCCUUUCAUGAAAAGAUGGGGAAACUGUGUUUGCCUUUGAUUUCUACUUCCCACAGGUUCUAAUGAAGUUGGUGGGGCCUGCUGGCCUGAGUUGUAUGUGAUUUAAUAAAACAAACAAACAAUGCAAGAUA